GCCUCGUCCGCGCCGCCCGCUGGGAUGUCCCUCUCCGCUUGGUGCUUCCUCCUCUGCUGGGCUCCAGCCCUGGCCUUAAGGAACCUGAACUACUCGGUGCCGGAGGAGCAAGGCGCCGGCACGGUGAUCGGGAACAUCGGCCGCGAUGCCCGGCUGCAGUCCGGGUCAAGCGGCGGAUCUCCCUCGCUGGAGCGUCCCCGCGGCUCCAAGGCCACUUUCCGCGUGCUGGAGAACUCGGCUCCCCACCUGCUCGACGUGGACGGCGAGAGCGGCUUGCUCUACACCAAGCAACGCCUCGACCGGGAGGCUCUGUGCCGCCGGAGCGCCAAGUGCCAGCUCUCCCUCGAGGUCUUCGCCAACGACCAGGAGAUCUGCAUGAUCAAGGUGGAGAUCCAGGAUCUCAACGACAACGCGCCGGCUUUCCCCUCCGACCAAGUCGACCUGGACAUCUCCGAGAACGCCGCGCCGGGCACUCGCUUCCCGCUGGCUAGCGCGCACGAUCCCGACGCAGCCGAGAACGGCCUCCGCACUUACCUGCUCACCCGCGAUGAUUACGGCCUCUUCGCCCUGGACGUCAAAGCCCGAGGCGACGGCACCAAAUUUCCCGAACUGGUGGUGCAGAAGCCCCUGGACCGCGAGGAGCAGAGCCACCACACCUUGGUGCUGACGGCGCUCGACGGCGGCGAGCCGCCUCGCUCCGGCACGGUCCAGCUCAACGUGCGCCUGAUCGACUCCAACGACAACAGCCCGGUGUUCGAGGCGGCGUCCUACGUGGUGGAGCUGCCCGAAAACGUCCCGCUGGGCACCGUUCUCCUAGAUCUCAACGCCACCGAUGCCGACGAGGGCACCAACGGCCAGGUGCUCUAUUCCUUCAGCGGUUACACGCCCGACCGGGUGCGGGAGCUGUUCAGCAUCGAUCCCCAGACGGGAUUGAUCCGGGUCAAAGGCAACCUGGACUACGAGGAAGGCAACUUGGUGGAGAUUGAUGUCCAGGCACGGGACUUGGGUCCAAAUCCCAUCCCCGCCCAUUGCAAAGUCACAGUGCAUUUACUGGACCGGAACGACAACGCGCCUACCAUUGGCUUUGUCUCCGUGCGCCAGGGGGCCCUGAGUGAGGCCGCCCCGCCGGGCACCGUCAUUGCCCUGGUGAGGGUCACAGACCGGGACUCCGGGAAGAACGGGCAGCUGCAGUGCCGGGUGCAAGGCAGCGAUGGCAGUGGGGGAGAUGGGGCGGUGCCCUUUACUUUGGAGGAGAACUAUGACAACCUGUACACUGUGGUGACCGACAGGCCCCUAGACAGGGAAGUGCAGGAUGAAUACAACGUUACCAUCUUGGCUCGGGAUGGGGGCAACCCACCUCUGAACUCAACCAAGUCUUUCUCGGUCAGGAUCCUAGAUGAGAACGACAACCCGCCCCGCUUUAGCAAGAGCCUUUAUGUGCUGCAAGUGCCUGAGAACAACAUCCCAGGGGAGUAUCUGGGAUCCGUGUUGGCCAAGGACCCUGAUCUGGGCCAAAAUGGCACCGUCUCCUACUCCAUCCUGCCGGGACAUGUGGGGGACGUCUCUAUUUAUACCUAUGUCUCGGUCAACCCAACCAAUGGGGCCAUCUACGCUUUGCGUAGCUUCAACUACGAGCAGACCAAACAUUUCGAGUUCCACGUCUUGGCCAAAGACUCGGGCUCUCCCCACCGGGAGAGCAAUGCCACUGUCCGGGUCACGGUCUUGGAUGUCAAUGACAACGCCCCUCUCAUUGUCUUGCCAGCCCUGAUCAAUGACACUGCUGAACUCCAGGUCCCCCGCAAUGCCGGAGUGGGUUACCCCGUGGGCACCGUCCGGGCCAUGGAUAACGAUUUUGGGGAAAGUGGACGCCUGACCUAUGAGAUUGUGGAAGGCAACGAGGAGCACCUCUUUGAGAUGGACCCUAUGAGCGGGGAGAUACGCACCCUUCACCCUUACUGGGAAGAGCUGAGCCCUGUGGCUGAACUCGUGGUGAAGGUCAGUGACCAUGGGAAGCCCAGCCUUUCAGCAGUAGCCAAGCUGAUUGUCCGGGCCUUGGCUGGACCUUUGCCUGAAGCUGGAGAGCCCCAGGUCAAUGGGGAGCAGCACCGCCGGCCACACUGGGACCUCUCGCUGCCCUUGAUUGUGACCCUCAGCACGGUUUCCAUCAUCCUCCUGGCUGCCAUGAUCACCAUCGCUGUGAAGUGUAAGCGUGAGAACAAGGACAUCCGUACCUACAACUGCCGUAUUGCUGAGUACAGCCACCCCCAGUUGGGUGGAGGGGGUGGGGGCGGGGGCGGGGGUGGGGGCAGCGGAGGGGGCAAGGGCAAGAAGAAGAAGAUUAGCAAGAACGACAUCAUGCUGGUGCCCAGCGAAGGGGAGGACAGCCAAGGGCCCCUCAACGUCAUGAAUGUGGUCAGCAGCCCAUCCUUGGCCACCUCACCCAUCUAUUUUGAUUACCAGACUCGCCUGCCCCUUAGCUCACCCAGGUCAGAGGUCAUGUUCCUGAAACCGGCUUCCAACAACCUGAGCGUGCCCCAAGGCCACGUGGGAUGCCACACCAGCUUCACAGGACAAGGGACUAACGUCAGUGAGGUUCCUCCAAGCCGGAUGUCCAUAAUUCAGUAGCUCCACAUUCAAGGAUCCCGAACGAGCCAGUUUGAGAGACAGCGGGCAUGGGGAUAGUGACCAAGCAGACAGUGACCAAGAUACCAACAAAGGCUCGUGUUGUGACAUGUCGGUGAGGGAGGCACUCAAGAUGAAAACAACUUCAACCAAAAGCCAGCCGCUUGAACAAGAACAGCAAGGGAGAGGCCAAAGACCCAUUGUUGGGAUCUGUGGACCGGCCCGCUGUAAGGAAGGAAAAUUUUCAGAACAAGAGGAGUGCAUUAACUGCACCGAUGAAUGCCGAGUGCUUGGUCAUUCUGACCGGUGUUGGAUGCCCCAGUUCCCUGCCUCCAACCAAGCAGACAAUGCCGACUACCGAACAAAUCUCUUUGUGCCCACGGUGGAAGCUAAUGUCGAAACUGAGACUUACGAAACUGUGAACCCCACGGGGAAGAAGACUUUUUGUACAUUUGGGAAGGACAAGCGAGAGCACACCAUUCUCAUUGCCAACGUGAAACCUUAUCUCAAAGCCAAACGUGCCCUGAGCCCUCUCCUCCAGGAGGUCCCCUCAGCAUCAAGCAGCCCAACCAAGACUUGCAUUGAGCCAUGUGCUUCGACGAAAGGACCCCUGGAUGGCUGUGAAGUCAAAACAGGGGCCCUGGCUGAACCCAACAGUCAGUACCUGUCACCUAGUAAACAAUCCAGAGACGCUGCCUUCAUGGCGUCCGAUCAGAUGGCCAGGGUCUUCGCCGAGGUGCAUUCCCGAGUCAGCCGAGACUCCGCUAAUAUGGACUCUGUCUUGGAGCAGAUAGACCGUUCAAACAGAGAACUAGGGAGAGAGUCCGUAGAUGCAGGGGAAGUGGUGAGGGAGAUUGACAAGCUUUUACAGGACUGUCGGGCGAAUGACCCUGUGGCUGUGAGAAAAUGAAGCAAAACAGAAAUGAAACGAAACAAAAAGAAAAGACAAUCUGGCAUCGAUUUGCUUCUUCUGCUGAAUUAUAUAUUAAAAAAAGAAAAAGAAAGAAAAAAAAUCUCCCCUGGUUCUAAAAUUUAUACAGGGAUGAACAAAGACCAAUGCUGCUUUAAGGCUUUUAGUGAAUAUCUGAAGUGCCCUCCCGUAUGUUUGUUUCACUUGCUCUUUCUUUCUUUUUUUUUCUUUUUUUUUCCUUUUUGUUUUCAGAUAACACUGGUUUUGUUUUUACCAAACUUCCAUUAGAACAAUAUGGUGUAUGUUUUUUUUAAAAAAAAAAGAAAAGAAAAAAGAAAAAUAGGAAGGAAGGAAGGAAGGAAGGAAGGAAGGAAGGAAGAAAGAAAGAAAGAAAGAAAGAAAGAAAGAAAGAAAGAAAGAAAGAAAUUUAGAUAGAUUGAGGCCACUUUGACAAUCGAAGAGAAAGGAGUAAGAUAAAUGGAAACAGAUCUUUUAGGACUGAUAGUUAAUGUUGAUUUCACUGUUUACCUGUAGACCCCAUAAAAAUCAGGGUGGGAUAGUUGUGUGAUAAGUUUACAACAGUCAUUAGAGAUUUCUAUGGAAAAUCCCCAAUUAGAGAUCCAAUAAACAUACAAACAAAUGUUCUUGUAGUCAGACAACCAAGUACACAAACCAUUAACCUUCAUUUGUGAUAGGCAUUUCUAUAUAAAGGCAUCUGCUACAUCCUGGAAAAAAAGAAAGAAAGAAAGAAAUGAAAAGGAAAAAAAAAACAAUAUGGAAACCCCUCCAAAUCCAUUCCAUAACUUCAUUCAGCAAAAAGUACCCCCCAUCAUUAUUAACACAGCUCAUGUCAUAUUAAAGUUAAAUGUAAACGGAUCGAGUCCAUGUUUGUCCUGCACAUACAUAAAUGAAUUAAUGUGAUCAGAGAAGAAAGGGAAGGAGUUAGUGUCUAGCAAGAGUUGAGGUAACUAUGUUUUAUAUCUGAGGCACAAUACAAGAUGGCCACUUCAAUUUCCGUUACACGGGAAAUGGUAGCGGAGACAAAUUAACAUUAUUAACACCUUUUGUAAUUCAUUUAUGGACACUGCGAUAGCUCGAGUGCAGACAUUCCAGACCUUCACCCAAACCAUUUAAAUGUGCAAAUGUAAGAAGAUUCAAUGUGUUUACAUCAAAUGACAUAUUUUUUUUCUUGAUUUAUUGCAGAUUCAGUGCAUUUGAGCCAAAUUGUUGAGUGUAUAAGAGCUAUAUUGUGUAUUUUAUUAAAUUAAUAUAUAGUUGUGUUGCAAAAAUGUAAAUGGCAAGUGUUGCCUCCGUAGCUGUCAAACUCUAUGAGUUUUGUCCUCUCUUUCUUCUUUCUCCACCCCUUUUCCAUGCAGAGUGUGGGAAGCAGAGCCUCAGAGCAAAUUCUCUUGUAAAAUGUAUGGGUCUCCCAAGUUUUACAGUACAUAAUCUGUUCAAAAUGUGUCUUGAGUGAAUUGAUGGAGCUAACUGAACGGCAGACAAAUCCAUCCAUCCGUCCUGGUUGUGUGCAAAGUCCUUGUAGCAGCUUCUGUUGCAACCCAUGUUUAAUAACAAAAAAAAAAAAAAAAUUACACUUGAACUGACACCUGGAAAGUCCUUGUUCUUUUAUCAAGCGUACUCAUUUAUUCACAUCGGCGCACAUCGGCCUACUUGGAUUAACGCCCUCCUGGAUGAACUCUCAGAUUAUCCGAAUAUUUUAACAUGCUUCCCUUUAAUGGUUGCAUUA